GCGAGUGCAAGAGCUCUUCCUUGCUAGCUAACGAGCUUUAGUUAUCUUAUCCUUGAAUGGACUGCACCAAAUAGACAAAACAGAAGAGUCAAGACUGAAAACCAAUCGAACAAAAACAGAGAUGACAUCGUUGGCUCAGCAUUUCACAGGCCUCAGAUGCCCACCGCUCUCAACUUCUCGCCUCUCCAAUCGACCUUCCCUAUUAUCUUCUCCUAAACCCAGAAAGUUGCCUUUUGUAGUAUCUGCGGUGGCAAUAUCAAAUGCCCAGACCAAGGAGAGACAAAAGCUCAAACAGCUCUUAGAAGAAGCUUACGAACGCUGUCGUACUGCCCCUAUGGAAGGCGUUGCCUUCACUCUCGAUGAUUUUCACUCUGCUCUUGAUAAGUAUGAUUUCAAUUCCGAGAUUGGUACCACGGUCAAGGGCACAGUUUUCAUGACUGAUGCCAAUGGUGCAUUAGUUGACAUUACUGCAAAAUCUUCUGCGUAUUUACUAGUCCAAGAAGCAUGCAUUCACAAGAUAAAACACGUAGAAGAAGCUGGUAUAGUUCCUGGAUUGACAGAGGAGUUUGUUAUUAUUGGUGAAAAUGAAGCUGAUGAUAGUUUAGUCUUGAGCUUAAGGGCAAUUCAGUAUGACCUUGCCUGGGAAAGGUGUAGUCAGCUUCAAGCUGAGGAUGUUAUUGUGAAGGGUAAGGUUGUUGGUGCAAACAAAGGUGGAGUGGUUGCUCUAGUGGAGGGCCUUCGAGGAUUUGUCCCUUUCUCUCAGUUAUCAUCGAAAUCAACUGCAGAAGAACUUCUUGACAAGGAACUUCCACUGAAAUUUGUUGAUGUUGAUGAGGAACAGUCUAGGCUAGUACUCAGUAACCGCAAGGCCAUGGCAGACAGUCAGGCACAGCUGGGUAUCGGAUCGGUGGUCAUUGGAACUGUUCAGAGCCUGAAACCAUAUGGUGCAUUCAUUGACAUUGGUGGAAUCAAUGGCCUUCUUCAUGUCAGUCAGAUUAGUCAUGAUCGGGUCUCUGAUAUUGCAACAGUUCUUCAACCUGGUGAUAUUCUCAAGGUCAUGAUACUGAGCCAUGACCGUGAGAGAGGUAGAGUAAGUCUUUCUACCAAAAAGUUAGAACCUACUCCUGGUGAUAUGAUUCGCAAUCCAAAGCUUGUUUUCGAGAAGGCAGAGGAGAUGGCUCAGACAUUCAGGCAGAGAAUUGCUCAAGCAGAAGCUAUGGCUCGUGCAGACAUGCUGAGAUUCCAGCCUGAGAGUGGACUAAGUCUGAGCUCUGAUGGGAUCUUGGGUCCGUUAACGUCGGACAUGCCAGCAGAGGGUUUAGACUUGAGUUAUGUUCCCACUGCAGAAGAUUGAUGACCGAGUCAUUGAUUUGUAAAGAGUCCAAGGGCGACUAGCAAUCCACCACCUAUUUAUCUUCUGGUGCAAUUGCUCCUCAAAAUCAACUUAAAGAUGCUAUACAUAAAGUUUGGUUUUCAAGAGCAGCCUCAUCUUUGUAGCAAUACGGCUCAUCGCGUUAUUUCACCUUCAAAAGCGUGAAUGGGUAUUUUUUCCAAUUUAAAUUUUAUUACUUGCAACUUAGUACGAACUAAACUUAACAAUCAAUGCGUAUUUGUUGGGAACAGUUGUAAGACCAUCGGUGUUCAAAUCUCAACAAAAGUUCCGUAGUUUUCUUUAAUAAACAAAGUCUGGUUUUCAA